CCCUGCCUGCGUCGCUCUACCCGGCCUCCGCCAUCUUGCCUCUCCCCUGCCUGCCAGAAGCCGAGUGCGGAAGUGGAAACGGCACUGUGCGGGGCUCAGGGUUCCGCCUGUGGACGGCUUUGCAAGUUCCUCCAGCCGACACAGCCUGUUAUCCAUCAAAUUUAACCGUUUCUGAACCGCAGAGACCCCCGGGCAGAGAUGGCUGGACGGUUACCGGCGUGUGUUGUGGACUGCGGCACGGGUUACACCAAACUGGGGUAUGCAGGGAACACAGAGCCACAGUUCAUCGUGCCAUCAUGCAUCGCCAUCAAAGAAUCGGCCAAGGUCGGAGACCAGGCCCAGCGGAGGAUGAUGAAGGGGGUGGAUGACUUGGACUUCUACAUCGGAGAUGAAGCAGUAGACAAGCCCACAUAUUCCACUAAGUGGCCAAUCCGUCAUGGCAUUGUUGAGGACUGGGACCUAAUGGAGCGCUUCAUGGAGCAGAUCAUCUUUAAGUACCUGAGGGCUGAGCCUGAGGACCACUACUUCCUCCUGACAGAGCCUCCUCUGAACACACCAGAAAACCGAGAGUACACGGCCGAGAUCAUGUUCGAGUCCUUCAACGUACCUGGACUGUACAUCGCUGUGCAGGCUGUGCUUGCUCUAGCAGCCUCCUGGACGUCCAGACAGGUAGGAGAGAGGACGCUGACGGGCACCGUCAUCGACAGCGGAGACGGUGUCACCCACGUCAUCCCUGUGGCCGAAGGUUAUGUAAUUGGCAGCUGUAUAAAGCACAUUCCCAUCGCAGGACGAGACAUCACCUACUUCACCCAGCAGCUUCUCAGGGAGAGGGAGGUGGGCAUCCCUCCGGAGCAGUCGCUGGAGACGGCCAAGGCAGUCAAGGAGCGGUUCAGCUACGUGUGCCCAGAUCUAGUCAAAGAGUUCAACAAGUACGACACGGACGGCUCCAAGUGGAUCAAACAGUACACCGGCAUCAACUCCAUCAGCAAGAAGGAGUUCACCAUCGACGUGGGCUACGAGCGCUUCCUGGGCCCGGAGAUCUUCUUCCACCCGGAGUUUGCCAACCCUGACUUCACCCAGCCGAUCUCUGAAGUCGUGGACGAGGUCAUUCAGAACUGCCCGAUUGAUGUCAGGCGUCCUCUCUAUAAGAACAUUGUUCUGUCAGGAGGCUCCACCAUGUUCAGGGACUUUGGGCGUCGUCUGCAGAGAGACUUAAAGAGGACGGUUGAUGCCCGACUGAAGAUGAGUGAGGAGCUGAGUGGAGGCAAGCUCAAGCCCAAACCAAUCGAUGUCCAGGUUAUCACUCAUCAUAUGCAGAGAUAUGCAGUGUGGUUUGGUGGAUCAAUGUUAGCGUCAACUCCUGAGUUCUACCAGGUUUGCCACACCAAAAAGGACUACGAAGAGAUCGGGCCGAGCAUCUGUCGCCACAACCCCGUGUUCGGAGUCAUGUCUUAACUUUUGGACCUCCCGAAGUCUAACAGCGUAGGGUGGUGGGCUGCAGUAGAGGGAGAAGGGGCGGUGAAGUUGGGUUGUGUAAAAGGACAGGCUCAGGAGGUGGAGGACGGUGGCGCUUCUGUGCUUUUUGAUUACUUGUUCAGCUGAGGAUGUGUGGGACGAGGAGGAGAUCCAGAAUAUAACAAAACAAAACAACAAAAAACAAAAGAGACCAGACCAAACACAGAGCGGCUGGAAAAUGUAUUGUGAAUGUUCCUUUUCGUUCUUUUCUUUCUUUUCUUUUUUCAAAAAUGAGGGAAAAUGUUUUGUAAGCCAAAACAAUUUAAAGAACAUUUCUGGAUCAUGUUAAAAACAACAUGCAGUGAGUGAUGAUAAAGAUUAUGAUGAUGAUUAUAAAGAUGGUGUUGGAGGAGGUCUUGGAUGGUAACAAAAGCAUUGAUAGUAGUUUCCUGACACCAGAACAUAUUAUUUAUGUUUAUAAGAUCAAGAUCCGAACAUGUUAUUGUCUCCUUUUUAUUUUCUGCAUUAUUUUCCAAACCUUCAAAUGCACAUGUCUGUGUAUCACGGUAAGAGCUUGUUUAUAUUUCAUACAAAAAAAGUUUUUUAUAUGUAAAACUUAUGAAAUCAGGGGGUAAAAAAAAAAGAGAAAACACACAAAAAAAUCAUGGAUACCUGUACGAGCAAGAGACUGUUUUAACCCACGACGAUGCAGCUUUGAUACGCAGUAUUUUCUCGAGUUUUCAGCAGGUGCUCUCCUGUUAUACCCCACAUGUGUCAUCGCCGUCUGCCCUUUAAUUCUUCAAACAUUUAAUUCACGUCUGCUUCACUUCCGUGUCAGGAUUCCACCUCUGUGAUGCGGUGAAAGAGAAACGAGAGAGGACUUACUGAGGUUGUAAAGAUGAAACUGAAUAAGAACGACUGUCAGACCAGUAUUGUUAGACUAGAAGUUUUUUUUAUUAAUAAAAUACCAAAUUAUCAAAAAGAAUGGGAUUUGUGUAUUUAAUGCCUUGCAACAUUCCAAUAAAGGCUCAAAUUUGUUUCUAAGUA